UGUUAGAUUUUCAUUUAUUUUUAUUAGAAAAACGACCAUGUAGAUCCGUACGCGUGUUCCGAAAGUACUUUCAUGGAAUUAAAAAUAAAAUCAAAUAACAAUAAUCAUAAACAAAAGUUGUUUAAAAAUGUGUUUACCAAGAAUAUUCCUAAUAAGGAUUUAGGACAUUGUCUUUAAAGGGACUGGAAGUGUUUGUUCUGUAUUACUCUUCGGGUUAGUGAAAAACUAUUAAAGGAGAAGAAAUAUGGCGACAGUAGCGGCUUCUAACUAUACAGAGUCUCAUCAUAAAGACAGCAGUCAGUACGACACGGAUGGGGACGAACUUUCGACCACACUUACAAUACAGACUGGUUACAGUUCGGAAUACCGGUCACACGCCCAACCUUUGUCUCGUUUGAGUAGACACAGCAUCAAAUUGAAAUCGUGUUCAAGUUUUCCGAACUUACUUAGCCUGUACCACACUCCGAUUCGGGAAGAGAGCAAUGUAGAAGAAAUUAAAAAGAAAAAGAAAGAACCAAAGAGAGAAAGAAGGAAAAAGGAAGUCGUUCUUCGACCGGACUUGGAGGAUCAACAUGAAAAACGUGCGCGACAAGAGUCACGCUCAGUUCGUGUGAACACAGUGGCGAAAGAGCAGCUUGAAAAGUUUGAUAAGUAUGUGAACAGUAUGAAAGAAAAAGUUGAGAAACAAAGAGAGGAACGACGAAAAUACAAUGAAAUUCUUCAAGAAAGACUUCGGGAACAAGAGGAAAUGGAGAAGAAGAAGUUAAGACUCCACAGAGGCCCAAAACAUGUUUAUAUCCACGACAAAAAAUAUCUAAAAACUUUGCCAGUGUCCAAAUAUUGUAAAGCCACUCGAUUGGCUGACGAUUUACAACGGAAAGGUGUUCUGCGCACGCGCGCUGAUGUGGAAAAAUAUUGGUCAGGCUUUGCAAAUCAGCAAGCAAGCGGAAUAGAUAUAUUCUCUGAUACUGUCAAUACUUCAGUUAACUAUCCCCAUCAAUGGAUGAGUACGAAGAAACCAGAAAUUAAAGUCACCGACGACGACGACGACCAUCUAACCGACGCCGUCAGCUUACAACAACGACAAUUACCUCCGCUGCGAAAGAAGAAAAAGAGACGCCCAGAAAUUUGACUCUAAUUAAAUAGUGUUAUGUCAAUAGUUCACAAAGUGAUUUCACUAGCACUGGAAAGUAAUGCAAAACUUUUAAGUCAGAAAUGUUUACGAGGGACACAUUUUCUCUGAUUUCGCUUUCGUGAUUACAGUACAACUUGUUUUAAGAGACCACCUAAGGGAAUGGGAACAUGUGAUGUCUUAAUACAACAUUUUUGUUUAAUAAAUAAUCAAAGCCUUCGAGAAGUUUGUUGCCUGAUUUAUCACGGUUCAGAGUUCAGAUGCUGCAGGAAUGGAACCACGAGGGUGUUAGCCCGUGUUGUUAGAUAUCUAAGCAUCUGAACAAUGAAGCGUGGCAAAUUAGACGAUGAACCACAUGAAGACCUUGAUGUUUUCAUUCUUAAUUGUUCGUUGAAACAUUACAUCAAACAAUCCUUGCAGUAUCGAACCGGAAAUCAUGCAGCGAUUUGACGUCAUAAUUGACGUCAUAAUGCUCUGUUAACGGUUCACGAGUCAACCGUUGUUUAUCGCAGAAUAUACAGAGCUUAUCCUUCUUCUUUGUUAACUAGCAACGAAAUCGAGUCAUGUUAAAAUCUUUAACAAAACUAAAAGGAACCGAAACAGUGGUCUCUUAAUGCAAGAUAUAUCUUAAUAGAUGUGGUCUCUUAAGCAAAUAUGACUGUAUUUUGCUGAUUUUAGUCCUCGAGAAAACUUGCAUUUAAAUGUGAUCUACUUUUAUUAAGGGAAUAAAAAUCAGAAAUGUUUGCGAGCGGUUAAUUUUCGCUGAUUUCGCUUUUUCGAUUAUUUUCGUGAAAAUUCGUCCUCGUGAAAACUUUCAGUUAAAUCAUUUCUAAUGGGAAACCUUUAUGGCUUACACGAAGAACAAUUCUCGCAUUAUAAGACAGUUUUCAAAUUUCACGAAAUUUUGGUAGCACGAACUGUACAGUUUUUACAGUACAAAGCUCUUGCAUAUUCAUUAGAUUCAGUUAGAAACCUGCAUCAGCAAAGAAAGUUAUUUCAAUUAACAAAUGAUAUAUAACAGAACAAUGUUUCAACAUAUAUCGAAACAAUACGCUGGCGGAAUAAUUUCACGAGGGCGUAGUCCGAAAGAAUUAUACGUGCGGCAUAUAACCGAUUCGUACUGUUGAAACAUGUUAAAACAUGGUUCUGCUAAAUAUUAUUUUGAUUCUGAUAUGUUUUUAUGUAGACAAGUACAUGAAAUAGGGAAGAACUAUUUAAAGCGCAUGUAUAGCGCGAAAUAUAUUAGGUCGACGUGACGUCAACGCAUAACUGUGUUUUAACAGUGUUAAAAUACGGGAAGUAAUAUGUCCAGUGGAAAAUCUCGAUUCUGAAACGUCUUUUAUAUAAAAUAGUAGAUCGAAUAUAUCAGCACUCUUUCUCUGUGCCUGUAAGGCGCCAAAUAAUACGUCAACGUGACGCCAGAGUUCCGUGUUUUAACGGAAAUGUGCACACAUUUUUCAUAUUAGAAUUGUAUAUCAGUGCUUCGUAUAUGAUUUAUCGAUGUCAACAAUAAAAGAAUAUUGUUAUUAUUAUGAAGUUGUUAAUAAAUUGUAAAAUGUA